CGUGCGCAUUAUUCCUUUUCUGGCGUCGUCAAUGGCGUUGUGACAACAACGAACGAAUGUUGAGAAGCGCUUUGCAACGCUCGCCAAGAGAUGCCCGCUAAUUGUUCGGCGUGUAAAAACCGAUCGAAUAAUGGCAGCAAAACAACCUUUCACAAGUUUCCAGCGAAAGACCAAGAGUGCCUCAAGAAAUGGGUCGCCUUUGUGUCUAAAGCAAGAGGUAAAGGCCUUUGGAAGCCCACCGUAAACAGCAAGUUGUGUUCGUUGCAUUUUGAGCCAGAUUGUUUUCGUCACUUCAACGGACGUGUGUACCUCAACACUGGAGCUACUCCUACUGUGUUUGAUAUCCCUGAACAUCUGCUAAAGGGUACCCGAUGCGCGAGGGAAAGUGACGCUUCGUCAUCAGUUGUGGUUUCGCCUUCGCCCGAGAGAGAAGAGGCCGUAUUUGUACCAAGCGCAGUGGAAGAGAGGGCAUUCGAUUACGAAGGCAAUCCUCUGAACAGCGCGCCCGUAAAGGUCGCCAAGUUGGAGCUUUCCCGCCUGAACGAAGAGCAACUACGCAAGGCCCUGACUUCGCCGGCGAAAGUGACGCCUGCUGGCCAGCGAAUGAGCGCCGAAGCCAAGGAAGCCGAUGGCAAGCGACCAAUCAUUGUCCACGUCACGUCUCUAGGCAACAACGAGCCAAGCAGCCGGCCAUCGCGCGCAAAGAGGCUCCCCGAGAAGCUACGCUCUGGGGACUUCGACAGCGACUUCGGUGAAGAACAUCCGAAGAAGGCGCCCCGACUUUCACCGAAUCUGGACGACACUGAAGCCGGAAUCAGCGACGAUGACGAUCUUGGCGACGAGUCCGAGGACGUGGACGCACCGGAUCUGGACGAGGACGAGUAUGAAGAAGGAAGCGAUGGCGAAUCCGCAGAGCCGGCUACAGCGUACAGGUCGCAGGCCAUAAAAACCGCAGCGUCGGACGGAAGGGCCGAGGCAGCGCCCAAGUCUACGGGUGGUGCCUCAGCUGGCACUCUUGUGGAGCUCUGCACUCAGCUUGACGAGCAGCGCACCAAAAAUGAGGAGCUGACCAAGCAGUUGGCCAAGGCUAAGGUGGUAAUUGAAAACCAAAACAGGAACAUUGAAGCUCUGGAAGAUGUUAUAAACAAUCUUCGCCAGAGAAUUGUGAUCAUGAGCAAGAAGUGCAGUGCAAGUACAGAAUCAGCAGAAGUCAGUGGAGAAACGAAAGAGUGACCCUUAUAUAGAAAGGGAAACUCUGACGGUUACUUGCUUUCUUUUUUUUUUUGUUAUUGUUGCUGUUUAUGACUACCAAAAAGCGUGGCUCGAUCAGGAAGGUGAAAGCUGCUGCUGUGUUGUGUUUUACCAUCUUGUAUGAAACUCUCAUUAAAUGAAGUACAUGCACA